CCCCUCGGCGGCCCGAGCGCGCGCCUGACGCGUCCGCCACUGACUGACAGACGGACGGACUGGGUGGGUUUCCAGACCGCCGGCCAGCCAGCCAGCCAUGACCCCCGGCGCGGUGACCGCCGGCAGCGAGGCCCAGCGGCCGGGCCCGCGUUACUUCACUUGGGAAGAGGUGGCGCAGCGCUCGGGGCGCGAGCGGGAGCGGUGGCUCGUGAUCGAUCGGAAGGUGUACAACAUCAGCGAGUUCACCCGCCGGCACCCGGGCGGCUCCCGGGUCAUCAGCCACUACGCCGGCCAGGAUGCCACGGAUCCCUUUGUAGCAUUCCACAUCAACAAGGGCCUUGUGAAGAAGUAUAUGAACUCUCUCCUGAUUGGAGAACUGUCUCCAGAGCAGCCCAGCUUUGAACCCACCAAACAUAAAGAACUGACUAAUGAGUUCCGAGAACUGCGGGCCACGGUGGAGCGAAUGGGACUCAUGAAGGCCAACCACUUCUUCUUCCUGCUCUACCUGCUGCACAUCCUGCUGCUGGACGUGGCCGCCUGGCUUACCCUGUGGGUCUUUGGGACGUCCUUGGUGCCUUUCCUGCUCUGUGCGGUGCUGCUCAGCACAGUUCAGGCCCAGGCUGGGUGGCUGCAGCACGACUUUGGGCAUCUGUCAGUGUUUGGCACCUCUACCUGGAACCACCUGCUGCAUCAUUUCGUGAUUGGCCACUUGAAGGGAGCCCCGGCCAGUUGGUGGAACCACAUGCAUUUCCAGCAUCAUGCCAAGCCCAACUGCUUCCGCAAAGACCCAGACAUCAACAUGCAUCCCCUCUUCUUUGCCCUGGGGAAAGUCCUUUCUGUGGAGCUUGGGAAACAAAAGAAAAAGUACAUGCCUUACAACCACCAGCACAAGUACUUCUUCCUCAUUGGGCCUCCAGCCUUGCUGCCUCUCUACUUCCAGUGGUAUAUCUUCUACUUUGUUGUUCAGAGGAAGAAAUGGGUGGACUUGGCCUGGAUGGCCACCUUCUACAUCCGAGUCUUCCUCACAUACAUGCCGCUGUUGGGGCUGAAAGGCUUCCUGGGCCUGUUCUUCAUUGUCAGGUUCCUGGAGAGCAACUGGUUCGUGUGGGUGACACAGAUGAACCACAUUCCCAUGCACAUUGAUCAUGACCGGAACAAGGACUGGGUCUCCACGCAGCUCCAGGCCACGUGCAAUGUCCACCAAUCUGCUUUCAACGAUUGGUUCAGCGGGCACCUCAACUUCCAGAUCGAGCACCACCUUUUCCCCACGAUGCCCCGACACAAUUACCACAAAGUAGCACCCCUGGUGCAGUCCCUAUGUAACAAGUAUGGCAUCGAAUACCAGUCCAAGCCUCUGUUCUCGGCCUUCGCCGACAUUGUCCACUCAUUGAAGGAGUCAGGGCAGCUCUGGCUGGACGCCUACCUUCACCAGUAACAGACCCCUCCGCAUGGGAGACUGGAGCCAAAGCAGAGGGACACGAGGGACAUCACCACUGGUUCUUAUGGAGGAGGGUGGGUUCAGGGACAGAAAGAUCUGGGCUCACACCUCCCCCUUGCCUUAGAGGCACAGAUCUAGGACUAGCAGGGUAUGGGGGCACUUGGAACAACUCCCCCAGGGAGUGGAAGUCUGUUGUGUUGUUUCUUUUCUUAUUUUGGUGGUGGGGUUGGGCUUGCACCUCAGGACCUCAGGCUUGCAAGGCAGGCACUCUAGCACCUGAGCCAAGCCCCAGGAUUGCUUCUUUUCUCUACUUUGGUAAUACAGUUCGUGAGCAAAGGGCAAAAGGGGAGGGUUCAGAUGAGGGGACACCUCCUGAGCCCAAUGUCAGGCAAAUGUACCCUAAAACUCAUGUAUGGGGGCAUGUCUCCCUCUCCACUCUCACUCCCCACUUGCUAACCUCAGACUGAGUAGCUGAAUGCUUAGAGCAAGAUGUGAAAAGGCUUCGAGUCACUUGUGUAGAAUUUUCAGUGUUGACCCAGCCUCCCUCGUCUUGGAGCUCCGCUUGAUGCCCUGGCCAGGUGUCCACCCACAUCUAGCUGGGGCUGCCACAAGUCAUUUUCCAGCUUAGGAGCAGCCAGGGCAAAGGCCAGGAGCGUGGUUUGGGAGUCAUUGGGCUGAUGAUCCUGGCACCUCUGGUUUUGCUUGUGUUGUACCCUGGUUCCAGAGGGAAUGAGAGGCAUGUUUUUCUGCUGAGCAGAUAGACAAGUCAUUGGGUGGUGCGAAAAAUGCCUUUGAUCUUCUUCUGACCUCUGGUUAGAACAGACAUCUGCCAAGACUGGGAGCAUGCUCCUUGCAAGGAGGAGAGGGGAGAGUUUGCUUUCUUCCCCAGAAACGAGUGGGCUUCCCCAUUGUUUCAUUUGCUUCCCACUCUGUAAUUCCAUGUUUAAUAAAAUAGACGCAAGCACAAAUGAUAAAAAUUUGAGUCAUAAAGUGUAUGAGUGAUAAGUAAAAACAACUUGUAUUCCCUAAAUUCUAGCAUUGGGUUAAACCACUUCCUAGUUGUAGUAGGUUCACACACUGGUUUAUGAUUGUCGUUGCAGUCAGGUCUCUGUCCACUCUUGCUCCGCAUCUUACUGUCAAGAUCAGAUAGGAAUUUAGGAUAAUUUUCCCAAAGCCUAUCAGUCUAACACCGAAACAGUCUGCUUAAUCCUCUGGUCAGAAAAGAUAAGAACCAUUGAACACUUGGCCCCAAAGCAAACAUAGGAAUAUGUAAAUAUCUCCCUCCAGAAUAGGUGCUCAUCCCUCUACAUUCCUGUUCCCUGCCCCCUGGGAUGUGAAUGGUGGCACCAGCCAAUCAUGCCAGCUAGCUCUGGGCACAAGCCACCAGUCAGAGCAAACACUGGUGCACCUGCUCUACUGUGCCAAGACCAGGCCUUCUCGGCCUUCACCUGUGUGGCCUCACACGGUCACAGGGAGAUGGAGUGACAGAAGACUAGAAAUAGUAAAGCGGGUAGUCUCAGAUGGACUGCUGAGGAAAAGCUGGCCCUGCGUCUUAGAUGGUGACGGGCAGUCCACAUACCUCACUGUUUUACGACUCUGAUUUCAAAAGUUGUUGUUUUUUUUAAAUGACUUUCACCUUUCUCCUGUCAUGAGGUGUUCUUUUUAAUUGGGCCCAAUGUCAGUGUCUUCUAUGUCAUUGUUAGCACAUCCUGAUGAAGUAAAGCUAAAACAUAAAGUUAAUGUUGACCAAAUAAAAACGAUUGGUUUU